AUGAAGGGAAAUCUUUUGAGGGAGUACAUGAAAAAGUGGAGAAAGAUGGGGAAAAGAGUCAUACCUUGUGGAGCCUGUGAGAAGUGCUGCCAAUGGGCUAAUUUGUGGCCUGCCACCACGUACGAAGACAACAGAUCGAUUCCAAAAGAUGUCCCAAAGGGUCACUUAGUAGUCUAUGUGGGUGAGAAUUGCAAGAGGUUUGUGAUCAAAAUAGGGAUCCUCAAUCACCCACUCUUCAGGGCUUUGCUGGAUCAAGCACGGGAUGAAUAUGACUUCACCGCUGACUCAAAGCUCUGCAUCCCUUGCGACGAAAACCUCUUUCUCAGCGUUGUUCGCUGCGCUACCUCCCCAGAUGAUCGAAGAAUGAUCUCCCUGCAGUGCCUUUGA